ACAAUGAUGAAGUAGACAACUCAAAGGAAAGCCAAGAUGAAGAAGUAGAGCCACCCGUAAACGAGGAACAACCACAAGAGGAGGAAACGCUAAUGCCAAGGGCAUGGAGGACUUCAAAGAACCAUCCUCUUGACAAGGUGAUCGGUGACAUCAACCGAAAGGAGGUCAAAGAAAAAGAUCCCGCACCGGCAAGAACAUGGCUUCUUCCUCGGCUCAUCCACCACCGGCGCACCAAUACCUCGACGGAUCUUUCUUAUGGUUCAACGACCGCGCAGAGGCGACGCGGUUCUCGGAGAAGUUUGAGCACCGGGAAAUUCUCCCUCCCCGAUUCUCCACCGCCCGCUUCAUUCAUGACUCCAUUCCACGUGAGGCACGGGUUAUCCUCGAACGUGGAAACUUCCUCGACCUCCCCUACAUCAAGAAGGCUCAUUAUAACCCUUUUCUUGUUCGAGCUUUCUACUCGAACCUGAGCAAGGAUGAGGACGGAGCGUUGAUUUCUAACGUCAAUGGGGUGGACAUCUAUUUGAAUGAGGAAAACAUUCAAAUUCUCACAGGGCUUCGUCGGGACGGACAGGAUCUCGGGCUCUACGUUGGAGAACAAGGAGCGCGGUUCAAUGAGACCGCCCUCUUGGAGGAAAUUCUCAAGCCUAGGAAGUUCAAUCACACCACUCUCUCCCAGGAGGACACGAAGACAAUUCAUGUGAUGAUUCACAACGUCAAUCUCAAUUGGUGUAAAUUUGUGAUGACUCACAUGUUCACCGCCACCUCCGACAACCGGUCGCUCCCCUACGCCCUCCUCGUCAUGGCGAUUCUUGAAGAGUAUAACAUCAAAACCGAUGUUGGGCCAAAGAUAAAUGGGACAAAGCAUUGGGAGAUUGAUGAAUCCUCUUUCCACUCGGGCACCGACGAGACUCCGUUUCGACAGCCUCGUCCACGCCGCCAACCGAGAGGCACUGCCUCAACCGCCACCACUUCGACCAAUCCUUCUCUCGCCGAGCAAAUGGCAGCCUUGACCGCCACUCUCUCUCGGAUUGACACCAACGUCUCCCAAACGGCCCAAAAUGUAAAUAUUUUGAGCCGAGAGCUUCACGGGUACUUUGACUUUGUCAAUUACCCUUACGCUCAAAUGGUCCCCUACGCUCCUCCACCGAAUGUCAGGGAUGCACCAAGCGGGACUAAUAACGUUGGGGGAGAUGAAGAGGUGGACGAUGAGGAAGAGGAAGAAGAAGCCGAAGAUGAUGAUGAAGAUGAAGACGAUGAAGAAGAAGACAUUGACGAAGACCAACUUCUCAAUGAUCUUUCACCAAAUUUCUAGAGCUCUAGCUCUACUUUCUUCUCUUCCUUAUUUUAUCAUCUUUUGAUAUGCUUUCGUUAUGUACUCCGCUAUUUCCCUUAAUUAAUUAAUAAAAAUCUUUAUGAUUU